AUGUUCGGCAUUGCCGCAGGGCCCUAUCUCUCCUGGGUGAUGGGCACGGCAAUCGGAGCGCUGCUGGGCACUUCGCUGGCCGCAUGGCCGGCCGUCGAUGCGGCCAUGGGAUUCCUCAUGCCAGCGCUAUUUCUGGCAAUGGUGCUUUCGCUUUUGACCAAAGAGCAUGUCCCCGUGGUGAUCGCGGUCAUGAACGCCGAAUUCCUUAUCGUUACGCUGCUCGUCGGGCUUGGUACCUGGCUGUUGCGCUUCUUGCCGACGCGCUUCAUGCGCGGCACGGGGGAUCCCGAUGCUCCGCUGAGCCGGUUUCUGGCAGCAACCGGACCGGCUGCCAUCGCCGCUCUUUAUAUCGGAGCGAGCCUGCCCAUGCUGUCGCCCCAAUUGCACGUGAUUGCGCCGCUGGUACUGGGGUCGGGAGCGGUGACCGCGAUCUAUUUCUGGCGCCGCGACGUCUCAUUGGCAACGCUGGGCGGGGCAAUCGUUUACGGUAUCGUUUUUGGAUUUGUGAGGCCGAUAAUGAAAUCCUUUGUGCUCGCCGCUUGUCUGGCUCUUGCCGCGUUGCCCGCCAGUGCCGUGGAAACGUCCAUGCAAUUCGUGCUCGAUUUCGAGGGCAAUGCCCAGCGCGACGUGAUGACCUAUCAGUGCGACGGCAUCGAAGAGCCGAUGAGCGUGCAGUACAUCAACGCCCACUCCACCUUUCUCGCCAUUGUGCCGAUCGAGGGAGAGGCCAUGAUUUUCGUCAAUGUCAUCGCGGCCUCUGGCGCGCGCUAUGUUUCAGGACAAUAUGAAUGGUGGUCGCGCGGCAACGAAGCCAUGUUCACCGACAUCAUGGAUGGCACCGAAGAGAACGAGGCCGAACCCAUCACCUGUCAC